AGUAGAUCUGGGUCCAAUCCUCUGAGGAAAGACGGGUUUGUGUAACUCUGUUCAAACCUGAGGGGGAGUUUGGGGUGUUUGGUCAACGACAGUGGUUCCUGGAAAAGAUCUGAAUCGUUUUAUAACCAAACCCAGCUGCGGUCUGGUGUGCGCUGCAGUAUCUGCGUGCUUGUGUGUGUGUCUGUUUAUCUGUAUGAGGUAGAGGAAGAAGGGGUGUCCGCGCUUCCCUUUCCAAAGAGAGAGAGAGAGAGAGAGCGAGAGAGAAAGAGAGAGAGAGAGAGAGACAGAGACAGAGAGAGAGAGAGAGAGAGAGAGAAGUUUGGUCUUUUUCUCCCCUUCACUGUUUUUUAGGCAUGAACGCCGAGGCCUGCGUUUCACACAGCGAUAUGACAUCCAUGGAUUCAUAUUAUAGCCCCUCUGCAGCGCAAGUUAGGGAUCACCAGACGGACCACUUUAGGACAUUCCCAGCCGCUGACACCAAAUACAGCCCCACUGCCUUCCUGCCCAACAAAGGUCAGGCUUACGGAGAAAGGUCCCGGAGCCCCUUCCAGCAGGAGUGCCAGUCAUUGGAUGCCGCCGCAGCUGGGCAAGGCACUUUCAGCAAAUACCACCUCUUCAUGCAGAGGUCCUUUUGCAAAUCACCCACCGAAGAGGGCAAACUGCACCAAGAGAGCGGACACAACGGAGCGCUCAUCCCCUGCUAUGUUAAAGACAGUUCAGGUCUGACAGAUUCUGACUUGGCCCAGGACACCGACCCACCCGGCAUGGAUACCAGCUACCUGUCUGUGAAGGAUCAAGGUGUGAAGGCAGCCUCUGAUAGGCCACCAGGCACAGACUUGUCAAGCCCUCUGGACAAGGGUGAUGGCGGCGAAAGCAACAAGGGCAAGAAAAGGCGCAACCGCACAACCUUUACAAGCUACCAGCUGGAAGAGCUGGAGAAGGUUUUCCAAAAGACGCACUAUCCUGAUGUUUACGCCCGGGAGCAGCUGGCACUGAGGACUGACCUGACUGAAGCCCGUGUACAGGUGUGGUUUCAGAAUCGAAGAGCAAAAUGGAGGAAACGGGAGCGUUUUGGUCAGAUGCAGCAGGUCAGAACACAUUUCUCAACAGCUUACGAGUUGCCUCUUCUGACGCGUCCAGAAAACUACGCACAGAUUCAGAACCCCUCUUGGAUCGGUGGCAGCAGCGGAGCAUCUCCUGUGCCAGGUUGUGUUGUGCCCUGCGAUACCGUGACACCCUGUAUGACACCUCACCCACACUCCGCCAGCGGAAUGUCAGAUUUUCUGGGCAUGCCUAGUCCCGGAGGUCACGUGGGACAGGCUCACAUGGGCAGCCUGUUUGGAGGGCCUCAUGGGAUGGCUACAGGCAUCAACACGUACGAUCUAAACAUGGACCCUGAUCGCAAGUCCUCCAGUAUCGCCGCUUUGCGCAUGAAAGCCAAAGAGCACAGUGCCGCCAUAUCUUGGGCAACAUGAUGUGCUGAUACCUGCAGGAUGGGGGACCGUGUUGACCCCUGAGAUGUCUUCCCCAACCCAGCAUGGGGUGAGGGGGCACUUUUAUCAAAAACUCUAAAAGGCAACAGUGACUACCUUCAUAAUUGUUGCAAUAAAAUAAUUAUUCAAAUACAAGGACGGGUGAAGAUUACUGCAAGAGAGAACAAAAUUUGACAAGAUAAGAGGCGUGGCACUGUCAUGUUUCUCAACCCCUCUGGUGGAAGAAAGCAACCACAGAGUGCGAGGGAGCUUUGUGGACAGCCUGGUGGGAAGGGAUGCUGUACUGUUUAACAGGAGUUGUGUUGUAGUUCAGAUGAUAGGCUGAGGAAAAUGUUCGUAAAAUAAUUUCACAUAAAUCCAUGCACUUAUUUGCUAAAGUACAGGAAAUUGUGUUUGUACAGUGCUCUCAGCAUCAUUGUAGUUCUCUUUUCAGGUGCUGUUUUAUUCUUACCUUAUUAUUUAAAUUGUGAGUGCUAUUGUUUUGUUUUUUCUUCCUCCGGUCGUUUUGUUACUGGUUUUGUUUUGAAAAAUAGUACAGCAAGCAUCCUUAAAAAAACUGAAAUUAUAAUUUUGCUGUUUUAUGAAAUGUUCAUAUUAUUCUAAGGCAAUCUUUAUCAGCAUCAGCACAUGCAGAAGUGUGUAACUUCAGUCACACUGUGUGAUAGUGCUACAGAAAACUGUCUAUAUCCAGCAUAUCUGUCACAUUAUGAAGCUUCUCAGAUUCAAUGCAAACAUUUCAGUUAUUAAAAAAAGGUGGAAGUUAUUCCAGCCUUGAGCAUUUAAAAGUCAAACAGAUUAAAUUUGGUUUGUUUUAGUGCGGUCAGGGUGAGAGAUCCACCUGCCGCACUGAUGACCAGAGAAAGGAAGGGAUGGAGGAGGAAGUGGUGUGUGGGAGAAUGAGAGUGGCACAGCAGGCCUGCUGCUCUCAGGGCUGAAGAGCCUGGGAGCGCCAGCCUCCAAACAGAGCCAGCUCUGUUUUCAGGAGGACAGACUUCAAGUGGACAUGACUGUGUGCCCCCUUGCAUUUCCAGUCUCAGGAGUUUCAGAGAGAGAAGUGCCUACUAGUCAGUCAUUCUGCCAGAAAUAACACCAAAACCAGCAGCAGCCACCUUUAAACUAGAGGAGGCUGAUGGAGAUAACACAGUGUGUUGACACUUUUAAACACUGAAAGGAUGUCAGUGUUCAACAGCCUUUUCUGGAAUUUAACAUGGCUUUAACAUGUGAUUGGCUGUCAUGGCCGAUCAGUAAAUGGUCAUGAAGCAAUUCCGGCAUAAGCAUUAUUGUAUAUCAUGCUCUUUUUGUCUUUAUUUCUGUCAAAUCAAAACAAAGGAAUCCAUCGACCAGAUUAAUGCAGUGGCCUCCAUCAUCUUCAGUAACAGUUUGACUACAGUCAGUUGGAUGUUGUACCUUGGACAACUCCGCAAAGGCUUGAGUAUUAAAAACCAGUUUCAUCCUCCAUCUUAAGAGACCCUAAAGUCAUAUUUUAUCCCAUAAAAAACAUGCUUCUGUUCAUCAAAUACUGUUUACAUCAACAUUUCUCUAAAUAAUGUUGGUUGAUGAUAUUCAAAUUUUAUCAAGUAAGGGAACAGAAAGAUUU